AUGACGGGGCUCGGCUUUUUCUUUGGCAUCCUCGUUGGCCUUCUCAUCCAAUUGCCUGUAAUGUCUGUGCCUUCCAAUUACGAGGAACUACAGCAAACAAUCAAUAUUCAUUAUUCUGCAGUUAACCAAGGAGGGGCGGGUGCCGUCAUCGAUAAACGGAUGGUCGCUCCCCUAAGUAACGAAGACCUCGUUAUUGGAUCACACCGAACUGAUAAAGGGCUGAGUCGACCACAAGAGACAGAAUCAGCUGUAGUACAAUACACUAACAAUUCUUUAGCCCUAAAAGAAACCCCACAUCCUGAUGCUCCAUAUUUGGAACUUGAAAAGUCAAAGGUUUUACAACCAGAGUCAGAAACAGCGUUGCCUCUCGAUACCGAAGUUCACUUAACCCUCUCAAUUCCUAUAAAUCGAAUAAACGGAAGAUCUUCAGACAAUGACCCUCAGAAAGUCAAAUCUUCAUCACCCCCACCUUCUGUGUCACCGAAGAACCUUUCUUUGUCAGACAUUGUAGACGGAGUUUAUUGGCGAUCAUCGGUGGAAGAUGCUUGCGUAAUGGGGUUUUCCGAAGAGAAACGUGCCAGUUGGCGGCGGAAGGCAAGCAACUUACAGAUUAUCAAGAUGGAGGAAGGCUGCGGUCGAAUGCAAAACCGCCUUCUUACAUUCAGGGAUUCUAGUAAGGCGUGUGCCCGUUACCGCUUAAACACUGACCAAAUCCAAGGGGAUAUCUUUUCUUACUAUCUGAGUCGCUUGCUUAAGAUUAAAAAUCUAGCGCCAUCCAUUGCUCUUGCUGUCCAGACAAAGCACAGUCGGUGGAGCGAGAUCCACUUAGACAUUGCCCAAUCUCAAUGGAUGGACGAUCAAGUAGUUGUCCUCAGCCAGUGGAUAGCAGACCUGCAACCGACUUUCAUUCCAAAGGAACUCCGUGGAGAAGGACUCGAACUCCAUCCGGUAGCAGAUUUGACGUCCAAAAGUGACAAAGAAUUGUGUGAAUUGGCGCAAUGGUCAGAUUUGAUUAUCUUUGAUUAUUUGGUGGCCAAUUUAGACAGAGUGGUCAAUAAUAUGUUCAAUAAGCAAUGGAACGCUAAUAUGAUGAAAAAUCCGACGCACAAUUUGCUUAAAAUUCCGUCCAACCAGCAACUCGUUUUCCUAGACAACGAGUCGGGAUUAUUUCAUGGCUAUCGUCUUCUCGAUAAAUAUCAUGUUUAUCAUGAAACGAUGCUAAAAUCGCUUUGUAUAUUCCGUAAGUCGACUGUGGAAGCCUUGAAGAAACUCUUUUUUGCCGGCAAUUGGCGCCGAGUUCGGCAAAAUAGCCAUGGGGUGGCUGAAUUCUUUUCUUUUUCUUUUCUCGAUUUCCCCACCAUAUUUUCUUUUUUCUCUUUUCUUUCUCUUUUCUUUUUCUACCUCUUCUCUCUCUUUCUGCCUCUUCUCUCUCUUUUUCUGCCUCUUCUCUUUUCUACCUCUUCUCUCUCUUUCUCCUCUCUUUCUACCUCUUCUCUAAAACCUUCUCUCUUUUCUUUUCUUCUCUCUCUUUCUACCUCUUCUCUCUCUCCUACCUCUUCUCUCUCUUUCUUCUUCUCUCUCUUUCUACCUCUUCUCUCUUUCUCUUCCUCUCUUUUCUUUCUCUCUCUUUCUCUCUCUUCUUCUCUCUCUCCUCCUCUCUCUUUCUUCCUCUUCUCUCUCUUUACCUCUUCUCUCUUUUUACCUCUUCUCUCUUUCUACCUCUUCUCUCUCUUUCUACCUCUUCUCUCUCUUUCUCCCUCUUCUCUUUCUUCUCUUUUUCUCUCUUUCUCCUUUCAUCUCUCUUCUCCUCUUCUCUCUCUUUCUGGCUCUUCUCUCUCUUUCUGCCUCUUCUCUCUCUUUCUGCCUCUUCUCUCUCUUUCUCUUCUUCUCUCUCUUCUACCUCUUCUCUCUCUUCUCUCUUUCUCUCUCUUUCUCCUCUUCUCUCUCUUUUUUCUUCUCUCUUUCUACCUUUCUCUCUCUUUCUACCUCUUCUCUCUCUUUCUACCUCUUCUCUCUCUUUCUACUUCUUCUCUCUUUCUACCUCUUCUCUCUCUUUCUUUCUUCUUCUUUCUUUUCUACCUCUUCUCUCUCUUUCUUUCUCUCUCUUUCCCUCUUCUCUCUCUUUCUAUUUUCUUCUCUUUCUUUUCUCUCUUUCUGCCUUCUCUCUCUCUCUUUCUACCUCUUUCUCUUCUUUCUACCUCUUCUCUUCUUAUCCUCUUCUCUCUCUUUCUCUUCUUCUUCUCUUUUCUACCUCUUCUCUCUCUUUCUCCUCUUCUCUCUUUCUACCUCUUCUCUCUCUUUUCCCUCUUCUCUCUCUUUCUACCUCUUCUCUCUCUUUCUUCUCUCUUUCUCUCUCUCUUUCUUCUCUCUUCUCUUUAA